UACGGCAGGAGCAGCAGCAGCAGAGGGUUGAGCGGCUGCGUGUCGAGAUGUGGGGAGAUGUGGGGAGAUGCGCUGGCAGGAAGUGGGGUGGGGAGCUCCGCUGAGGUCUGCACAAGGGCACCUCUGAAGGUGCCCAAGCCACUGGGCCUGCUCCAGCUGGGGCCGAGGAGGAGCUACCGUGCGCAGGGCCUUGCCUUUCAGGGGGCCAAGCUCUGCAGUAGAUGGCUAGGGGGGCAUCACCUGCGUCUGUGGCCUGUGCCUUGGAGGGCCAAAGGCGUGACCUCAGGGCCUCCCCGGGUCCCAGGCUUAGACUACGGCCUAGCUGUGGCUUCACAGGAUGGGGCCACAGGUGCCCUCGGCCCCUCCUGUCCUCUGGGUCCUAGGGUGCCUUGCCUUGUUCCUCUGGCUGUGGACACUGUGCACAGCCUGCCACAGUCACUGCUGAGACAACACCGCCUCUGCUCCCUCAGCAAGUCAGACACCAGACUGCAUGAGCUGCACCGGGGCCCAAAAAGCUGCAGGGCCCCUCGACCUGCCAGCGUGGAUAUCCUGUACCCGCGAUGGCUGGAAGUGCCCAGAGGCACCAGCAGACCUCUGACAGCCUUCUCACACCGAGAACUGCCCCGGGCGACGCCUGCUGCCACCUUGCCCUCCAUCUGCCCCGAGGCCACCUAUUCCAAUGUGGGGCUGGCUGCCCGCCCUGUGGUGUGGGCAGGGGCACGGCUGACCAGCAGCCAUGCCAGGCCCGGGCCUGACGCCGGACCCGGGGUGGCUGAGUAUGCCUGUAUCCAGAAGCUCAAGGGAACAGAUCAAGGCCCCCAAAGCCUCAGGCAGUGGAAGGCCGAGGUGACCCCAGCUGUUCAGGUGGACAUCCUGUACUCCAGGGUUAAGAAGCCUAAAAAGAGGGACCUAGGACCUGCCACAGAUCAGCUGGACCCCAAGGGCAGAGGAGAAAUUCCGGCUCUGGGAAGUGACCAGGCCUACGAGACCCUCCCACUCAGGGGCCUAGGCAUGGAUGAUGGCCUCCCAGACAAUGUGUACGAGACUAUCCAGGAGAUGGGGGCCCCUGAGCACCCGGAGCCCUCUGGCUGUAGCUAUUAGCAUAAGAAAAGAGGACAGAGGCAGGGCAUGGGGGCUCCCUGCUUCCCCAGUUUUACCCGAGAGGGGCAUCCAACCCCCAUCUGCCUUGAACAACGAAGUAUAGACGGUCAUCCUUCCAAAGUAGUGCCCAACGCCUAUUCCCUGUCCACCCCCCCCCCCCCCCCCCAGCUGGCAGCGCAAAGUCCAGAUCCCAAGGCUUCUAGCCUGUGAGGUCCCUGGGGGUCCUGGCCCCCAUGGCCUCUUGGCCUUUCGCAAGAUCUUAAUAAAUACCCAACACAGGAAGGAUGAAUACA